AUGUCGUUCCGGGCUAUUGUACCUCCACCCGAUUUUUUGUCAAAAGCCGAAUUCAACAGACCUUGUGGUCGAUCGCCAAACAAAAUAUCUACUCUACUGACUAAUGUGCAGCGAAGAAAUGUUCAAACACUUGCUCCAACAGAAUCAAAAGAUCUCACAUUUUUUCAAAUGGCUGCUCAGGGUGAGCUGUUACUACUUCAGAGGGAAAUAGAAAGUCGGAAUUUCAAUCUAGACAUUCCAGAUAACCAGGGAUUUACUCCACUAUUGUGGGCUUGUGCUAAUGGACAGAAAGCUGCAGUGGAGUUACUUGUUUUCUAUGGAGCGAAUAUUCUUCUAUCUGGAGAUAAUGGAGAAACAGGAUUGCUCCUAGCUGCUAGUCGUGGUCACUUUGAUGUAGUUCUUUACUUGCUGAAAGCUGGAUGCCCAGUAGAUCUGUCUGAUGAAUUGUGCAAUACUGCGUUGAUGUUCGCAGCUUAUAACAACAACGCUGCAAUUGUGUCUCUGUUACUUGAUUGGGGUGCUGACAUUACGUCUAUAAAUGCAGAUGGGUGGACAGCAUUAGAUUUUGCUAUACGACGGGGCUCACGUGCUAGCCAACGUAUAAUCGAAAAGCAUAUUUUAUCCCUAUUGCACAACCACUAG